AUGCAGCAACCGCCGACCACGCCUCCGGCCAACGCGUCGACCGCCCACGGCGACACCACGACGAGUGGAUCACGGGCAUCUACUGGCGACGCACCGUCCUCUGCCCACAGCAACGACCCCGCGUCUACGUCGAGCCCCGUCACCUCCAAGCCGUCAUCACCAGCCUUCCCCUUUGGCCAGCUUCCCACCAGCCCUGGUUUCCUCACCGUCGAACGCCUUCUCAACAUCGAGAAGUUAAGGCAGGAAACGCUCAAUGCCGUCUCCGAGUUUGCCGAUGACGACGAAGAUGGCUCCUCCCAUCACAAAAUCAACCAGUACACUAUCAACUUUAUGAUUGGACGUGGCUCCUAUGGCUCUGUGCACGUUGCAACCGACCAAUAUGGCAAGGAAUUUGCGGUCAAGGAGUUUUCAAAAGCACGGCUUCGGAAACGGGCCCGCUCCAACCUCAUGAAGCAAGGCCCAUUCCGUGCUGGGCGGUUUCCUGGCUUAGGCGGCCCGGUUGGUCCUCGCGGCCCAUCAUCAAGGCUCGAGGGUGAGGCACAGGCAGAGGCCAAAGAUGCUCUCUAUCUCAUCCGCGAGGAGAUCGCCAUCAUGAAAAAGCUAAACCACCCAAAUCUGGUCGAGCUGAUCGAAGUGCUCGACGACCCCGAGCAAGACUCUCUUUAUAUGGUACUGGAGAUGUGCAAAAAGGGCGUCAUCAUGGACGUUGGCCUUGGCAAAACAGCCAAACCGUACGAUGCGGAAGCUUGCCGGUGCUGGUUCCGUGAUUUAAUCUUGGGCAUUGAGUACUUGCAUGCACAAAAUAUCAUUCACAGAGACAUCAAGCCGGACAACCUACUCAUCACCGACGACGAUGUGCUGAAGAUUGGCGAUUUUGGUGUCUCGGAGAUGUUUGAAAAGGCCGACGGCAUGCGCACAAGCAAAACAGCCGGAUCCCCUGCCUUCUUCCCACCCGAGCUUUGCGUCUCCAAUCACGGCGGCGUGGAAGGCCCACCUUGCGACAUCUGGUCAAUGGGCGUCACUCUGUACUGCCUCCGCUACGGCAGGAUACCGUUUGAACAGGAAACCAUGGUCGAUAUUUACGAGGCCAUCAACACAGCUGAAGUGAAAUUGCCGGAAGAUGAAGACGAACAGUUUGUUGACCUCAUGAGCAAGAUCCUCGAGAAGGACCCUUCCAAAAGGAUAACUAUGGCUGAGCUAAGAAUAUAA